AUGUUCGAAAAUGCUCGUAUGAUGAUGGCACCUUGGUUGUUUUGGGAAGGUGGUGGCAGGAAGGAAUUUGGCAAUUUUGUGAUGUUGUUGCGAUUGAGAUUACCAGCAGGAUGGCGAAUGGUAAGCACAGGAACGCAAAGUUUCAAAUCGGAUAACUUAGUUAAGAAUUUAUUUCUGAAAAAGAUCAAGGAAUAUGAGUCCAAGAUGGCUGGAAAAGAAGGUGGACUUGUGGAUGCCACACCUGAGACACAUCGGUCAUUGGAAGAUCAGUUGCACCGUUUAGCUAGUAAGUAUCACUUAGAAAAUAAAGAAGUGGUGAACGAGUUACCAGUGAAGCAAAUGGAAACUCCUUCUAUUGAAAGUGCUGUGGCCGUGAUGUUCGAGGGGAAAACAGUUGAUGAUUUGAAUAAAGAAUUGGAAAAUGAAAUUCAAAAAUACACGGAAAUGCGACGGAAGAAGCAAGCAGCGGAAGAGGAAAUGCAGUCACAUCUUCGAACUGUCAAGCAGUAA